CAGGUGCGUGGUCGGUGAUGCCGCCGCGGGGCCGCAGGGGAGUGAAGCUUUUGUGUGGAUUUGUGCUGGUUUGUAGCGGUUUAUUACUUGUACUGAAUCGGAGAUCUGCGGUGAAGAAUCCAGCACAGGAGACAGAGGCAGAGCGACACGCCGUUUCAAAGCGUUUACACCCUAAGAUCACAAAGAUUCAGCAACGCCCCCCUCUGAGCCAGGACGACAUUUCGAACGACGGUAAAUCGGAGGAUGUCUUGAACUGCCUACUUCGGUUGACGAUGCUACAGCUCGGCCGGCCGCGGCACUGGCGCGAGACAACUCUCGUAUUUUUCGGAAAACCCAUUAUGAAGACCCUCAAGGCAAUAGCCGGUGAUCGGGGUUGGACAAUGAAGGUCAUUGCAGAGCAUUUCCCUGAGAAAAUGCUGUCGUUAACCUCCCCCGAUCGACUCCUGGUAGUGUUCACAUCCUCCAAACUGUACCACCACGACGGAGUCCUCGCGCGUCUAGUCAACUCCACAGAUGCACUCGUUGGAACACUGGAGAACGCGUACAAAGUUACCGGUGCUAAAAGAGCACAGCUUACGUCGUUCAGGAAACACUUUGAGUCGUUUGGCUGCAAGUUGGAGGCAACAGGUAUCAUGCCUCGGUCUUUUAUCCUGGACAGUCCAACAGAAUGCGUCAAGUUUUUCAAGUACGGCAACAAGAACCCUAAAUCCUGGUGGGUCCUCAAGCCCUCAAACGGCCAAGGAGGUGACGGGAUUUCAAUCCACUCAAACCUUAGCUACUUCUACGAGGAGUUUUCAACAUGCAUGAAAUCGCCCGACUACAUUGUACAAGAGUACAUAACUAGCCCGCUGUUGCUUCAAAAGAGAAAAUUCGAUGUGCGAGCCUACAUUUCUAAUAGCUAAAACUUCCCCUCACUUUCUCGUGUUUUAUCACGACGGCUACUUGAGGUUGUCUAUGAAAGAAUUUGAUAUUCAUGGGAAGAGAGAGGUACAUCUGACCAACAGUCACGUCCAGGUCAAGGUCGAGGGAUUCUCAAUGGAACAACACUUGUGGAGUUUUCGUGAUCUACAGGAAUACCUCGACCUCCAUCGACCGAUUGAUGGACAUGAGUUUAUUUCAAAGAAACUUGUUCCGUUUAUACAGAAAGUCGGCCUUCUCAUAGCUCACACAGCAAAGCCAGUUGUAACAGGAGCACCUUCAAACUUUCUGAUGAUGGGUUUAGACUUCAUGGUCACCUCAGAUCUCCAGCUUCAGUUCAUUGAGGUCAACAACUACCCUCUCUGGCCAAGGGGGACUAGAGUUAUGGAUUCCAUGCUCACACAAAUGGGGAAUGACAUGUUUGAUCUUCUCUUUGACUGUCGCUAUAAUCCCGACGAGUUCCAGAGGAACAUGCAGUAUGGUGCUCGGUAUGGAUCGUGGACACUCAUUUGGAAUGAACUCCAUUCUAAGUGUUCUGGGUCGCCACCGUACAACCCCUGCCAGGAAUUCCCACUUUGA